UUUUAAAAUUACAAAUGACGUAAGCAACUAUUGUGAUAGUUGCUGCAGCGAUCGUUAAUAAGAACGAGAAACGAUCUCAUGCAGGUGUUCGAUAUUAAGUUCCGUUGAAGUGUUGUGCUGUGUUUGUUUUGAGGAAGGUUUUAUUGAUAUAGACAUGUUUGCGUAUAAACUUCACACUGGAUUGUUUUGUAUAGUUUGUAUUAUGCAGAUGUGUAUUUCUGGGACGGAUAUAGACUCAUGUAUCGUAUACAAGGAGGUGCAAAGAACGCGAGGCCCUCAAGUGCCUCGUCCAGGGAAGCUUGGGGUAAUUAUGGGGGACAUGCCAGGCCAGACAGUCAGUUUGAUUUUGGCCAAAAAGGUAUAAGGAACGAUCCAGACUUGGCACCGGCUGCUAUGGAAGAUGACGCUGCGUACAUAAGCAAUGACAAGCCCAAUGGAAAAGGUUCUACUGUUGCCACAACAGGAUCCAAGAAAAACCCCAACGAGUCAUGCUUCGGAAAGAUUGGAAGCGGAAUAAGAUCCCUGUGGGCCACCCGCCAGACAGAGGAUGUGACUGGGGACCGAGAGCUGCAUGUGAAAACCACCCUGAGGGAGCUGCUUAUCUAUCUGGCCUUCCUCAUCAUCCUCUGUAUUGUGACCUUUGGCAUGACUGGGACCUCCAUGUACUAUUACACAAAGGUGAUGUCGGACCUUUUCCUGGAUUCCACCUCGACAUCUGGAGGCAGCUUCCGUACCAUCACCAGCGUGGAGGACUUCUGGAAGUUUGCCAAGGAGCCAUUGCUGGACGGCCUUUACUGGGAGUCGUGGUACAAUAACCAGACGGUCCCAGAUGAACAACUCGGCUACAUCUAUUACGAGAACAAGCUGCUCGGCGUCCCUCGGAUUCGACAACUGCAGGUCCACAGCAAUUCAUGUGUCGUCCAUGCUGACUUCAAGGACGUGAUUCGCGAGUGCUAUGAAUCCUACUCGGAGAGUGUUGAAAACAAAGAGGCGUUUGGUAAAAAGGACAACUACACUGCCUGGUACUAUCGUUCUGAAGAUGAACUAGGUGGUACAAGCUACAUGGGUCAGAUAACCACCUACAGUGGGGCAGGGUAUGUUCAAGAUCUGAAGCGGCUGAAGAACGAGUCGGAGGAGAUUAUAAACUAUCUGUUCAACGAGCGAUGGAUCAGAAGGGGCACUCGUGUUCUCUUCAUUGACUUCACUGUGUACAACGCCAACAUCAACCUCUUCUGUGUUGUCCAGCUGACAGUUGAGUUCCCCCCUACUGGCGGUGCUAUCCCCCACUACCAACUGAGGACGGUGAAGCUCAUCCGUUACGUGACUGCUUACGACUACUUCAUCAUGGCCUGCGAGUUCAUCCUCUGCCUCUUCAUCCUGUACUACAUGGUAGAGGAAGCCAUUGAGAUCAAGAAGCACAAGUGCUCGUACUUCAAGAGUGUAUGGAACAUCCUCGACAUCCUGGUGAUCGUGAUUAUGCUGCUGUGUGUGGGUUUCAAUGUGUACCGCAGCAUCAAGGUGGGUGACCUCCUAAAGGACCUGCUGGGCAAGCCGGACCAGCAUGCCGACUUUGUGUUCCUCUCCUUUGGACAGGUGCAGUUUGACAAUGCCAUAGCUGUCGCUGUGUUCCUGGCCUGGAUCAAGAUCUUCAAGUACAUCAGCUUCAACAAGACCAUGACGCAGCUCUCCUCCACCCUGGGCAAGUGUGCCAAGGACCUUGCAGGCUUUGCUGUGAUGUUCUUCAUCAUCUUCCUGGCCUUCACCCAGCUUGGCUACCUGCUGUUUGGCACGCAGGUCAAGGACUUCUCCAACUUCAAGCAGUCUUUUUUCACGCUGUUCCGAAUCAUCCUCGGUGACUUCAAUUUUGACCAGCUGGAGGCCGCAAACCGCGUGCUGGGCCCUAUCUUCUUCAUACUGUUUGUGUUCUUCGUCUUCUUCGUGCUCAUCAACAUGUUCCUGGCCAUUAUCAACGACACCUACUCCGAGGUGAAGGGAGAUAUGGCCAACCAGAAGAAUGAGUUCGAGAUAACAGACUACUUCAAGCGCGGCUAUGAUAAGAUGCUGAGCAAGCUGCACUUCAAGCAUGACAAGAUAGUGGACAUCCAGAAGGCGCUCCAGACUGCAGACAUCAACAACGACAAGCAGGUGGACUUUGAUGAGUGGCGGCAGGACCUCAAGACUCGUGGCUAUGCUGAUGGAGAGAUCGAGGCUCUGUUUGCCAAGUAUGACAUCGACGGUGACCGUGUACUGGACGAAGAAGAGCAACGUAAGAUGCUGUCAGACCUCAACGAUCAAAAGGCUGCCCUGAAUAAGGAGUAUGAUGACCUGGACAAGAUGCAGAGACCAGAGAGUGUUGCCCGCCGCUCUACCAGUCGAGUGAGCUUCAAUGACGACAGCGGAGAGGACAGCGAUGGUGAAGACAGCCACACCAAGUCCUCCAGAUCAGGUAAGAAAGGCCCAGCACAAGGAGUCCAGUACGAAGAAUUCACAGUGCUCUCUCGCAGAGUAGACAGAAUGGAACAUUCUAUUGGCAGCAUAGUGUCCAAAAUAGACGCAGUGCUCGUCAAACUGGAAGCGAUGGAGAAAGCAAAAUUAAAACGCAGAGAAACAAUGGGUAAAAUCCUGGACAGUAUCACAGAGUCCGAUGGAACAAGCGAUGAGGUUAAACGUGAACAAAUGGAGCGGUUGGUCCGCGAGGAGUUGGAACGUUGGGAUUCUGAGUCCUCUAUAACCCCCCAGCCCGGUGGUCGUGGGGCGUCCCCUAGCAGCAGUGGGAGGGGUGGGGGAGCCAGGUCCCGUGCAGGGGCCAAUGCGGUUCAUCCAUCAUCUAACACAUAACAGCGACACUGGAUAUUUUUGACAGUGGAGUUUUCACCAGCCAUUGCUAAAACAAGAAGGAAAAACAACUCACUUCAAGACACCGAAAUAAAGUGCAAACUAUUUGAACUAUCACAAAAACUUGGUACAGACUCUUCAACAAAUACCUUCAUUAACUUAUCCAACAAACUUUAACUUUGAAUUAUAAACCAUUCAGAAAAAGAAUCAUAGGAAAUCUUCACAGUCAUGCGGCUGAUUUGAACGAUGGACCGGGUACGUGAACAUUCCUUGAUGAGAACGUUUUUGUGUUGUGUUUUUCUUCUUUCCUUUAUGAAAUCGUAAUUUUACCCAGCAACACUUUAAUCUGUUUGAGUUAAGUCAGGAUAUUUCAGAUGUAUUGUGAAUACAUGUGAUUUUUAAAUGUAAACUAAUGUGUAAUUGCAAUUAAUCUGAAUAUUAUUAUUUUCCGACUAUAGCCAUUAUUUGUGGUUUGAAUUUGAGAUUUUCAAUAUUCAUUAAGAAUCAAUGGCAAACCAUUCGAACAAAAGGUUAACCUUUAAAUAUUUGAAAGUCAAUUAUGUAAUAAAUUGAAUUUUACCUACCAUUCUAUGAAAACUAAUUUUUCUACAGGAUAUUUAUGGUUAAAAACUUUCAUGUUAAUAGGUUUUAUAAUCAAGAACAGAAUUAUUGUUUUCAAAAGUCUAGCACAUUAUGUAAAAUUUCUUUUUUUCCUUUUGAUAGUUGAUGUGUUUUAACACGAGUCUAGUAGCUGAAUAUUCUGUUGCUGGGUAACUUCUGUAGAUGUCCCGAUGUUGUGCUAGUCAAGCCUUUUGUGAUUGUGAUAUAUAACCCUGUCCCUGCAAGUGCAUCUCAAACACUGAACCUGCUUAUUGCAAACGCUGGUACAGAGUUUUCUUGAGGUCAAACUACCCAAAUUCAAACCGUUUUGUGUAAUAUCUAAAUCCCUUUUUGUUUCGAGAAACUUGAAAAAAAUAUUGAAAAAGUGAUUAUUAUAGGUAUUCAAGGCAAAACAUAGAACAAGAUCGAUGAAUAUUAAAAACAUUCAAGAUAAAAGUAAUGCAUUAAAAGAUCAAGUCACCGCAACUGCAAAUUGAUAAUUACUAUUUAAAAUUUCAAAAGUAUAAUAUCUUGAUCAGACCACAAGUUUUGGAACUGAUGACCUGACCACUGUGGCUCACAUCUGUGAUGAAAACUGCUUUCUGCAGGUCAAGAAUAAAUAACACAAUAGUUGCUGUUCUCAUGUUUCCGUCCAUAUUUUAGUAUUGUUAUUGUUUGUUAAUGUUGUAUUAUUGAAAUCCUAAUUUAGUGCUGCAUUUUACUGAAUUUUGUGACCAAAGCAUGACAACCCGUCCAUAAGUACUUUUUUGUUACUAUAUUUGUUCCUACAUUGUUUUAAUAUUUUAUUUUAUGCUGUUUAUUUGACUACAUUUGUAAAAAUGCCAGGUACUUAACAGAUGUAUAUAUUUUUUAUUAAAGCCAAUAUCAGGUUACCGUCCAAAGAUGUUUAUAUUUUUAACAUUUUUAAUUAUAUGUACACUUUUUAUUGUAUUUAUGGUAGAGUUUCAGUUGUGGACAGGAUUAUUUAUGACAUUUUUGUCUUGCUUUUUUUUCUGUUUAGAAAAAGGAACGAAAACUGAACUUAGUAUAAAAUGUAAAAAUCAUUAACAGAUAUAACUUUACACAUAUUAAUAUCUAUUUUCACCAGCUGUUAACAAACAACUCCUAAUAUUGGGAAGCUGAAUACAUGUUAAUAAAUUAAUAACUUUCAGAUUUUAUUUGAAUUUAUGGUGUUAACCAAGGAAGGCAUGUUUUAAGUUGAUGAUUACCACUCACAAGACACAUUUUACCAUGCCUUCCAAAGCCUUUUCACUAAUAUUGUACCAGAGUGGUAUGGAAAAAACAUAAGCAGAACUGUUUUAAAGUGGUUUUCUGUUAAGAUUUUAAACUAAUAAAACAUCUGAAUGGAAAGUAGAAUAAUGAUUUUAAAGAGUACAGAGCAUUUGACUCCAAACACAGUUUUGCAAAGAAAAAAUAUCAAGUAUGUAUAUAAAAUUGCCUUUUGUCAGACCAUUUCAAUCAGUAAAAACUGUAUAAUUUAAGAAAUAAUAUCAAAAUGUUUACAUAUUACAUUUACUUGAAUUGAAGCACACAAUUUUUGGUCUUUGACUACAAAUUUCCAACUUCUCUAUUCAUCCAGAGUUGGCAAGCCACUCACAAACAUAUACAUGUAUUCUUUUAACAUUUUAUGAUAGAAUUUGCCUGCUGUUAAUAACUUUGUACACUGCUGAUGUAUAGUUUACUAAUGUUUCCGAACAAAUGUAUAUUUUACGUAUGUUACAUAGUUUUUGCUCUUUUUAUAAUAGAAGUGUUAUACAUAUUUUCACUUGCAAAGAGAUUGUUUAUAUCAGCUGGACUGUGAAAUGUGAUUGUGUUUUCAACUGCUGAGUUAUACGUGAGAGAUUUUCACAAGAUAUUCUAAAGCAGUUCUAAAUGCCAAAUCUACCGUAAAAUGUUGAUAGUUCAAUGUUUGGUGGUGCACCAAAGAAGUUGAAUUACGUCGUUAAUGAAUAUUUAAGCAUGUUAUUUUUGGACUCAAUACACAAGUAUGUACUUCUUUUCGUGAAAACAUCAUACUUUAUUUGAUUUUGAACGAUUAAUUGUGAAAAAAUUAUGAUGAAUAAACAAUUUCUUGCAAACUUAAAUAAAAGCUUUAAAAUCUCA